AUGAGCCGAUCUCCCGGGCAUCAGGUUCGACGCCGCCUGCGGCGCGGUGCCUACCUGCUGCCGAGCUUGUUCACCAUGGGUAAUAUUUUGCUCGGCUUCUACGCCGUGGUGCGAGGUUUGCGGGGGGAUUUCGAGACCGCCGCGAUCCUGGUUUUCUGCGCCGGAGUGCUCGACGGACUCGACGGCCGCAUCGCCCGCAUGACCCAAACCGAGAGCGACUUCGGCCGCGAGUUCGACUCGCUGGCCGACGUGCUGACCUUCGGCGCCGCUCCGGCGUUGCUGAGCUAUCUCUGGGGUCUGAACGAGUUCGGCCGCAUCGGCUGGUUGGUGCCGCUGUUCUUCCUGGUCUGCACCGCCACCCGCCUGGCACGCUAUAACGUCCAGACCAGCAGCGCCGACAGCCGCUAUUUCGUCGGCUUGCCUACCCCGGCGGCGGCGGGGUCGAUUUGCUCGGUGCUUUUCUUUGCCCCGGACAGCGCCAGCCAGUCCUGGUAUGGCGGCCUUCUGAUGGCGAUCUUGAUCUUGCUCGCCUUGCUGAUGAUCUCGACCUUCCGCUUUGCCAGCCUCAAGAAAGUCGACCUCAACAAGCGCUGGAGCUAUCGGGCCGCCCUACCGCUGGCCGCGUUCUUGCUGAUCUUGGCCUACAACCCGCCGGCCUUCUUCCUAAUCUUCGCCGUGGUCUACGUCGGCAGUGGGCCGAUCGGCUGGAUCUGGCGUCGCCUGCGGCGCUCGUCCGCAGACAAGGCCGCAGAACUCGACACCCGCGAGGCCGCACCAUGA